AUUGCCAAGCGAAAGCGAGCGAGCGGCAGUAAUUUUCUUGCAUUCUUUAACUUUUGUGUUAAUUUUCCAAUAAUUGAAUUGAAUUUGUUUUUCAUGAUUAAAUAGUAAUUUUGAAUUUUUAUUACAAUAAUAUUUGUAAGGGUUUAGAUCAAAAUGGAGGUGCUAGUUGCGAACGUGGACCACAUCAAGUUUGAUAUCGACUACGCUUUGGAAGAACAGUAUGGGGCGCUUCCACUGCCGUUCCCUGGAAUGGACAAAUCAACAGCAGCAGUAUGCGAGUUCUUCAGUCAGCCGGGCGGCUGCGGCAACGGGCCGCAGUGCCCGUACCGGCACGUGCGCGGUGAUCGGACCGUGGUGUGCAAGCACUGGCUGCGAGGCCUCUGCAAGAAGGGCGACCAGUGCGAGUUCCUUCACGAGUAUGACAUGUCCAAGAUGCCCGAGUGCUACUUCUACGCCAGAUUCAACGCGUGCCACAAUAAAGAGUGCCCGUUUCUUCACAUAGACCCUGAGAGCAAAAUCAAAGACUGCCCUUGGUAUGACCGAGGUUUCUGCAGACACGGUCCUCACUGCCGCCACCGGCACGUGCGCCGAGUGCUGUGCAUGAACUACCUGGCCGGCUUCUGUCCCGACGGCCGCAACUGUAAAUUCAUGCAUCCACGCUUCGAGCUGCCUGCUCCGCCAGAGCAGACCAAGGAUGCCAAGAGGCUGCCCGUUUGUCACUACUGUUCAGAAGUUGGACACAAAGCGUCCACUUGCAACAAAAUACCCAUAGAGCAAAGAGAAGCAGCGCAGAGACAAGAAGAGGCUAGAUACCGUGCGCUUGGCUACGUUAAGCCAGUCGGUGAAAACGAAGACAUGAACACUCAAAGAUUGCAGCGCUCAAUGCAUAAACCACUUGAAGAGGUGACAUGUUUCAAGUGCGGCACCAAAGGUCACUAUGCGAACAAGUGUCCUAAAGGCCACCUGGCCUUUCUGUCCAGCCAAAACCAAAAUAACCAAGGGCCAGUUUUCAAAAAACCUAACUAGUAUAAGUAUGUGAAGCCUUCAUAAUACAGGCUUCGUCGUGGACCAAACUAAAGUGUAUUAAGUGGAGUCAGUGACUAAAAUAAAGACAAAGUUAAUUUUAUGUUUGUUUAGGUAAUUUUAAGUAUUAUAAUGGGCUAAGAAAGAAGAGUUCUGUUAUAUUUUCUAUUAUACAAAAAUGAAAUACAAUUUGUAAUUAGAUGCUUAGAUAGGUACUCAGUUUUAUUAUCUAUCUGG